AGAUAUUUGAGGUGAAAAUACACGUGUAAACCCUGGCGUUUACAGAAGAUGAAAGACAUCGACAUAGGAAAAGAGUACAUUAUACCCAGUCCUGGGUAUAGAAGUGUGAGAGAGAGAGCUGACUCGGUGCAGCAUGAAGAGCAGGAAGGGUCAAAAUUUCAGCAUGCUAAACAUAAGAUUGAAUGCCAGGAUGCCUUGGAAGCAGCUGCUCGGGCAGAGGGGCUGCCCCUGGACACCUCCGUGCACUCCCAGCUGAGAAUGCUGGACGAAGAGCAUUACAAGGGCAAAUACCACCAUGGUCUGAACGCGCUGAAGCCCAUACGGACAACUUCCAAACACCAGCACCCUGUUGAUAAUGCUGGGCUCUUUUCCUGCAUGACCUUCUCCUGGCUCACUCCUUUGGCCCACAGAGCGUACAAGAAAGGGGAAUUGUUCAUGGGUGAUGUGUGGUCUUUAUCAAGGCAUGAGUCUUCAGAUGUCAAUUGCAGAAGGCUGGAGAGAUUGUGGCAGGAAGAACUGAACGAAAGCGGGCCCGAUGAUGCUUCUCUCCGGAGGGUUGUGUGGAUUUUCUGCCGCACCAGGCUCAUCAUUUCCAUAGUGUGUCUGAUGAUCACGCAGCUCGCGGGUUUUAGUGGACCAGCGUUCGUUGUGAAACAUCUUUUGGAGUAUACCCAACAGAGUGAGUCCAACCUGCAGUACAGCUUGUUUUUAGUUUUUGGCAUCUUUAUGACGGAAAUAGUGCGAUCUUGGUCCCUUGCGCUAACCUGGGCUUUGAAUUACCGCACGGGGGUUAGACUGCGUGGAGCUGUCUUGACGAUGGCGUUUAAGAAAAUUCUGAAGCUGAAAAACAUCAAGGAGAAGUCUCUUGGAGAGCUCAUAAACGUAUGUUCCAACGACGGUCAAAGGAUGUUCGAAGCUGCUGCAGUUGGCAGUUUGUUGGCUGGCGGCCCUAUUGUGGCCAUCUUGGGAAUGGUUUAUAAUGUGAUUAUUCUGGGUCCAACAGGCUUCUUGGGCUCUGCCAUCUUCAUCCUUUUCUACCCAGCAAUGAUGUUUGUAUCGCGCCUCACAGCUUAUUUCAGAAGAAAAUGUGUAUCAACAACGGAUGAGCGUGUGCAAAAGAUGAAUGAAGUUCUUAAUUACAUUAAGUUCAUUAAGAUGUAUGCCUGGGUCAAACCAUUUUCUCAGAAUGUUCAAAAAAUUCGUGAGGAAGAACGUAAAAUCUUAGAGCGUGCGGGCUACUUCCAGAGCAUCACCGUGGGCGUGGCUCCCAUCGUUGUGGUCAUUGCCAGCGUGGUCACCUUUUCUGUCCAUAUGAUCCUUGGCUACGACCUUACAGCAGCUCAGGCAUUCACAGUGGUCACUGUCUUUAACUCAAUGACUUUUGCUCUAAAAGUAACACCUUUCUCAGUGAAGUCUCUGUCCGAGGCGUCUGUUUCUGUCGACAGAUUUAAGAGUUUAUUUCUAAUGGAAGAGGUUCAUAUGAUAAAGAAAAAACCAGCCAAUCCUCACACCGCGAUAGAGGUGAAAAAUGCUACCUUGGCUUGGGACUUCUCCCACGCCAGCGUCCAGAGCUCACCAAAGUUGACCCCCAAAGUGAAAAAAGACAAGAAAGUCACCAAGGGCAAGAAAGAGAAAAUGAAGCUGCAGAAUGAGGGACAGCAAGCUGUGCUGGCAGAGCAGAAGGGCCAUCUUCUGGUGGACAAUGAUGACCAUCCUAGCCCCGAAGAGGAGAACAAAAUCAUCCACCUGGUUAACCUACGGCUUCAGAGGACUCUCUACAACAUUGAUUUGGAGAUAGAAAAGGGAAAACUUGUUGGAAUCUGUGGCAGUGUGGGGAGCGGAAAAACUUCACUUAUCUCGGCAAUUUUAGGACAGAUGACCCUGUUGGAGGGCAGCAUUGCAGUAAGUGGAACAUUUGCAUAUGUGGCCCAGCAGGCCUGGAUUCUCAAUGCUACGCUUCGGGACAACAUUCUUUUUGGCAAGGAAUACGAUGAAGAAAGAUACAACACCGUGUUGAAUGGUUGCUGUCUCAGGCCUGACCUUGCCAUCCUUCCAAAUGGGGACCUGACAGAGAUUGGUGAACGAGGAGCUAACCUGAGCGGAGGACAGCGCCAGAGAAUCAGUCUGGCUCGAGCCCUGUACAGUGACAGGAGCAUUUACAUCCUCGAUGAUCCUCUCAGUGCCUUAGAUGCUCAUGUUGGAAAUCACAUUUUUAACAGUGCAAUAAGGAAGCACCUGAAGUCAAAAACUGUCCUUUUCAUCACUCAUCAGCUUCAGUAUCUCGUUGACUGUGAUGAAGUGAUCUUCAUGAAAGAAGGCUGCAUUACUGAGCGAGGAAGUCAUGAGGAACUGAUGAAUUUAAAUGGGGACUAUGCAACUAUUUUUAAUAACCUGCAGCUGGGAGAAACACCACAUAUCGAGAUUAAUAUAAAGAAGAACACAAACAGUUCACUGAAAAGACCCCAGGAUAAAAGUACCAAAACAGGGUCUGUGAAGAAGGAGAAAGUUGUAAAGAAGGAAGAGGGCCAGCUGGUCCAGCUGGAAGAGAAAGGCAAAGGCUCUGUUCCCUGGUCCGUUUAUGGUGUCUACAUUCAGGCAGCUGGAGGCCCCUUUGCAUUCCUCGUCAUUAUGGCACUGUUUGUGCUGAAUGUGGGCAGUACAGCCUUUAGCAACUGGUGGCUGAGUUUCUGGAUCAAGCAAGGCAGUGGAAACACCACUGUGACUUUAGGAAAUGAUACUGUCAUAAGCAACAGCAUGAAAGAUAACCCUCACAUGCAUUACUAUGCGGGCAUCUAUGCACUGUCUAUGGCAGUGAUGUUGAUUCUGAAAGCUGUUCGUGGUGUUGUCUUCGUAAAGGGAACUCUCAGAGCAUCCUCAAGGCUCCAUGAUGAACUCUUCCGACGGAUCCUGCGCAGCCCCAUGAAGUUCUUUGACACUACCCCCACUGGGCGGAUUCUCAACAGGUUUUCCAAAGACAUGGAUGAAGUUGAUGUUCGUUUGCCAUUUCAAGCAGAGAUGUUCAUCCAGAACGUCAUCCUUGUGUUCUUCUGCGUGGGGGUGAUUUCUGGGGUUUUCCCCUGGUUCCUGGUGGCAGUGGGACCACUCAUUGUUCUGUUCACAGUUCUGCAUGUUGUCUCUAGAGUCUUUAUUCGAGAGCUCAAGCGUCUGGACAACAUUACACAGUCUCCAUUCCUGUCUCACAUUACAUCCAGCAUACAGGGUCUCUCCACAAUCCAUGCCUACCACAAAGGACAGGAAUUUCUGCACAGGUAUCAGGAGCUCCUAGAUGACAAUCAGGCACCGUUUUACCUGUUCAGCUGUGCCAUGCGCUGGCUGGCUGUGCGGCUGGACAUUAUCAGCAUUGCUCUUAUCACAACCACCGGCCUUAUGAUUGUCUUAAUGCAUGGCCAGAUUCCUCCUGCUUAUGCUGGGCUGGCUAUCUCGUAUGCUGUGCAGUUAACCGGGUUAUUCCAGUUUACAGUCAGACUUGCUUCAGAAACAGAAGCUCGCUUCACCUCAGUGGAGCGGAUUGAUCACUACAUCAAG